AUGACCAGAAGACAUCGGCUCCUCCGGCCGCCGCCUCCGGCGGAGAGCGGCGGAACGCCGUCGCCUCCAGCCUCGCCGCGGCGGUCCCCGAGGCAUCUCAGAUCGGGAAGGACGCGCGCGCCGGGAGAGUUCCAAAGCUCUAGAAGCUUCAUCCAUCGUAUGGCGUGGAUGAUGCUGUCGCUUCUCUUGAGAAGGCAAGCGAUCUUCUUGUUCGCGCCUCUCAUUUACGUAUCGGGGAUGUUGUUGUAUAUGGGGACCGUAUCGCUCGACAGCGUGCCGGCGAUAAUCUCGAGGCCGACGAUUGGUUCGGUUUACAGGAGUCCGCAGCUUUAUCAGCGGUUGAGGAAAGAUAUGGAUGCUGACAAUUCGACGGAUGGGUUAGCAACUGUAUGGAGACAUGCUUACAGAAGUGGUGGGUGGAAGCCAUGCAUAAACGUGUCUAUGAAGAAUGGUUUGCCUGAUUCAAAUGGUUACAUAUUUGUUGAGGCUAAUGGUGGCUUGAACCAACAGAGGACAUCGAUAUGCAAUGCAGUGGCCAUAGCAGGCUAUUUAAAUGCAACACUUGUGAUCCCAAAUUUCCACUACCACAGCAUCUGGAAAGAUCCUAGCAAAUUUAAGGAUAUAUAUGACGAGGACCACUUCAUCACUACUCUGAAAAAUGACGUGAGAGUGGUCAGCAAGGUGCCUGAGUUCAUUAUGGAAAGAUUUGAUCACAAUAUGAGUAAUGUCGUUAAUUUCAAGGUGAAAGCAUGGGCUUCUAUCAAGUAUUACACGGAUCAUGUACUUCCAAAGCUGAUCGAGGAGAGGUUUAUUAGGAUUUCUCCUUUUGCAAACCGGUUGUCUUUUGAUUCUCCUCCUCCUGUCCAGCGGCUGAGAUGCCUAGCAAAUUUUCAGGCCUUGAGGUUUUCUAGUCCUAUAGCAAAUUUGUCUGAACAGCUUGUUUCUCGAAUGAAAGAACACAGUGCAGAUAGUAAUGGAAAAUAUAUCGCAGUCCAUCUCCGAUUCGAAGAGGAUAUGGUUGCCUUCUCAUGUUGCACUUUUGAUGGUGGAGAAGAAGAGAAAAAGGACAUGAACGCAGCAAGAGAAAGAGGUUGGAGAGGAAAAUUUACCAAGCGUGGUCGUGUUAUACGCCCUGGUCUUAUUAGGCUCAAUGGAAAAUGCCCUCUCACGCCAUUGGAGGUUGGUUUGAUGCUUCGAGGAAUGGGUUUCAAUAAUAACACAUUGAUUUAUUUGGCUUCGGGAAAGAUUUAUAAGGCAGAGAAGUAUAUGCUUCCACUUCUUGAAAUGUUUCCCCUCCUGCAGACUAAAGACAGUUUGGCUUCAGAAGAAGAGCUUGCUCCAUUUAAAAACUAUUCUUCCAGAAUGGCUGCUAUAGAUUACACAGUUUCUCUUCAUAGUGAAGUGUUUGUGACGACACAAGGUGGAAACUUCCCUCAAAUUCUGAUUGGCCACAGGAGAUACUUGUAUGGUGGGCAUUCAAAGACUAUCAAGCCUGAUAAAAGGAAACUGGCUGUACUGUUCGACAAUCCUAAACUUGGAUGGAAGUCUUUGAAACGCCAAUUGCUAAGCAUGAGAUCUCAUAGUGAUGCCAAGGGAAUGGAGAUUAAAAGAACGAAUGAUUCCAUAUACACUUACCCAUGCCCAGACUGUAUGUGUCGUUCAAAUAGAUCAGAAGUUGUGAAGUCUUUGCCAUCUCGAUGAUCCUGGCUGUAAUUUGUUGCUAAUUGCUUUCCGCCACUAACUCAGUUUGUGCCAUUUGUGAUACACCCUGAUUUUUUUGCUCUGGUGCGUCAUCAUUCUUUCAUUGGCAUCUCUUGGAAGCGCCAUUAUGUUCCAAAGCUUGCCAGCUCCAGAAGAGCACAUUGUCCGAUUCUUUUCAACGUGGGAUAAUUGCAUCCCCUUAUAAAUACAUUGACGACAUCAUUUAUUUUGAGAGAGAAUUGACCUCGUCACUGAUAUUUCGAAGCCAAAUGUAUGUACACUGCUGAAGAUCACUGUACCAAUACCACCCUCAGUUUUGACAGGCUUUAUGUACAUGAUUUUUCCCCCUUUGUAUACAAAAGUUGGAUUUCAUGAUCAUGCGGGACUAGGGGCUUGAAUUUUUUCAUCUGAUGUCAUUUUGUAUUAUUUUGUUACAGUCCCAUCCAAGUUUUGUAUUCUUACAGCACAUUCCUUCACCAGAGAUAGAAGAAAAGAAAGGAUCAUACCUGUUUAAUUUUUUCUUUUUA